AUGUCUUCUCCCUCCAAGAGUCCAACUAUGGAACCUGUUCAGGAAAGUCAUCCGCAUCUCAAGGCUUCUGUUAGCCAAGUUAGCACGUCCAGUGGUAGCCCUAGUCCUAAGCAAUUGCAAGAACAGACUGAACAUGAGGCUUCUUUUACGAGGACGAAAGAUGCCAUUGUUGCUCCAUCUGUUGGCACAGUGGUUGAUCAUCGAUUUUCUGAGGAAGAAGAGCAGCUGAACAAUUUCAACAACAACCUGAAAAGGCAGCAGGAUGCUUUUCUGAAGAGCUUCCCACCUGGCUAUAGGUUCAAUCCUCGUGAUGACGAACUUGUGCAGCAUUACUUGUUGAAAAAAAUUCUCAACGAGCCUUUGCCUCCCAACAAGAUCAUGGAGGUUAAUCUCUACCGUCACAAUCCUGAGACGCUUGCUGAAAACUAUGAAACAUAUGGAGAAAAAGAGUGGUAUUUCUUUACUCCAAGGGACCGCAAGUAUCGUAAUGGACGUCGGCCAAAUAGGGCAGCUGGUGAUGGAUAUUGGAAGGCAACAGGUGCUGACAAAUUUAUAUGGUCUGGUAGGGUAAAAAUUGGAUGUAGAAAGGCUCUCGUUUUUUACCGAGGCAAACCUCCAAAGGGUAAAAAGACCAGCUGGAUCAUGCAUGAGUACCGAGUCCCUGAAUCUCACACUACCAAAAGGACUGAAAAUGACAUGAGGUUGGAUAAUUGGGUUCUUUGUAGAAUUUAUAAGAAAAAGCACCUGAUCAAAAGUGUGUUGUGCAAAUUACAGACCCAAAGCUUGUUAUGCAGUCAGUUAAUGACUCUACAUCUGGUUCGACAAUAUGCACAGAUGAAGCUUGUUGUGAUCAGAAGUUUUUAG